CCUCCCCCUCCCCCAGGGCACCCCCGCUUCCGCGACACAGACCACUUCCCGUAGCCUCCCACUUCCUGCUGCCCGCCUCCCGCCUCACCCAUCUUCCCGGCUCCCUCUUUUCGCCCCUCUUUCCUCCCCCCCCCCCUAUCCCAUCUCCCUCCCCUCUCCCCGGCGGCCGCCCGCACACCAUGGAAGUCGGCGCCGGGGAUACCCUGCACCCGGACUCACACCGUGCCCCGGGGCCGGCAGCGGCGACGGCGACCGGGGCGCCGUCUUUCCACCCCAAUGCCACGCACGCGCCACGCCCCAAAGCCCGCGAGUCCUUCCUCAAGCAGUGUCGCUCCAGCCUCUCGGCGGCCAUUCAGUCCCGCGUGGCGGCCAUCUGCUACCGGCAUGGGCUCUACUGCGCCACGCAUCCCUUCCUCAUCAUCUAUGUCACCUUCUUGGCCUUCCUCAUUUGCACAUAUCCGGCCAUGAACUCCUUCGAGAAGGUCCUGGCCAAGCGGGCCGCCCUGGCCGCGGCCUCCCCCUCGGGCCGCACUCUCUUCGGCCUGUCGCUUGAUUGGCAGCAGCACGGCCUGCCCGGGCUGGCGGCGGUUGGCGCGGCCGUCGGGGCCCUGCCACUGCUCGGGGCCCUGGUCCCGGCUGACUGGCGUACACCCGCCAUCCCGAAUGUGUUCCCGGCGCCGGCGCCGGGCUCCGCCGAUCCGGAGGCCAUCGCCACACUCACGCGCGAUGCCUACUCCCAUGGGUCCUACCUGCGCAUCGAUCCGGUGGUCUUCCGUACGGGAGACUGCUGCCAGGGCGAGUGGCGUCCGGUUCCAGGCGAAGGAGCCACCUCGGCCUCCUCCGCAUCAUGGGUCGGUAGCGGCGACGGGGGCGGCUGGGCGGGCCCGAUCACCGAAGCCGGCACCGGCACCAAUGCCGACCCUGCCUGCACUGACGGGGGUCUGCUGGACACGGCGCGUUUGCUGUCGGUCCUGCGUUUUCAGAGCGCCGUCGAACAAUUUCUCCUCCUCCCGGACGCUGCCUCCCCGGUGGAGGAUCUCCUUUCGCUGUCCACCGAGGACCCGGCCGCCGACCCGAUUCGCCCAAGCUCCGCGACCACCGGGUUCCGGGACAUCUGUUGGCGCGCCUCCUCCGACCCUUCGCGCUGCUUGAUCCACACGCCACUGGAGUUUUGGCUGUCAGAUGCCGGACGCUUGCUGGCCGAUGGGGACAUUCGUGGCACGGUGGCCCGACGUGACGCCCGGUCCUCCUUCGGAUCGCUGAUCGAGGCGGGAUCCCUCUUUGGGGGCCUGUCGGGCGCCGCAGCGCCGUCCGAUGGCCGGUCGACCUCCCCCGCUGCCGGUGCCUCUGGCUGGUCCCGCGCCGCCUCCGUGCAGUUAACCUUCCUGAGCAUGGUUCGACAUGAGCAGGCCGGAUUGGUGGACAAUUUCUGGCACAGCUUCUGGCAGCGUUCCCUCUCGGGGGACUUUUCCCCCUCGGUCCCUCUCGGACGCCCAGAGCCCGAGGCCACCGACACGCCGGAGUGUGAUGCCACUCUGCCCGCGGCACUGUUCCAAGAUGAUGGCCUCACUCUGCCAGCCGGGCAUGCGCUGCUCGGGGCUCCGGGUCCGGCACGGGUCCAUCGGCUUGGUCAAACCAAUCGCUUCCUCUAUUCCUAUCCGAACUCCCCGGCCGGCGGAGCACGCCAGCAUGCCGGCGGCCCCGACGGCGGUGCACUGCAGCGUCUUCUCGCCGGGCGCAUGUAUCUCCUGGAGGCGGCGAUCAUCUUCCUGUCCUACCUGCUGGUGUAUGUGUAUGUGUCGCUGAUGCUCGGUCGUGUUGAGCUGGUCAAGUCCAAGUUCGGCCUGGCCUUCUCGGCACUGAUGAUCGUCUUCGCGUCGCUGAUCAUGUCCAUCGGUGUGUGCUCGCUCCUGGGCUACGAAUUGGGCCUGCUCCCAUGGGAGCUCCUUUCCUUCCUCGUGCUGGCCAUCGGCCUAGAGAGCACCUUUGCUUUGACCAAUGCCGUGACCGCCACCCCGUGCGACCUGCCCGUGAAAGAGCGCGUCGGCCGGGGGCUCGGCAGUGCCGGUGUCUCGAUCCUGCGGAACCUCGUCCUUGAGUUGGUUCUCAUGGCCCUCGGGGGCUUCUUCAACAUCCAGGCUCUGACGGAAUUUUGCAUGUUCACCGCAGUUGCUGUGAUCAUCAACUUCUUCAUCCACAUGUCCUUCUUUGCCACGGUCCUCUCGAUCGACAUCCGAUGUCUGGAGGUACGACCGGUGGCGGCAUUCCCCUGACCGCAUCCCCUCCCUUCGGCGCUUGUUUCCUCACGCCCCUCUCCCCCCCCCUCUCCCCUUCUCGGGAGGCCCAUCACCCUUUGAUGGCUCCUUUCGCCCCUCCGCGCAGCUCUCCGACCUGCACAAUCCUCGCAUGGACCGCUUCCUCCAGCAUGGCGGCUACCCGGCCGCUGGGGGCCCCUUGCCCACCGGGUCCACCCUGAACCCGGAAACCUCGCUGGCAUCCAUGCGCUGGGAGGCCGGCAGCGCUGGAGCUGAUAUCGGCACCGGGUUUUCCCCCUCGCCAAAGCACACCCCGGCUCUGGCCCCACCGGGGGCCCUGCGACCGCUCUUGCGCCCAGCCAGCCGACUGGUGGCCGCGCUGCCGGGCGGCGCGCGCCUGGCACAGCGCCUGGCCGCCAAGUCCACAGGUCCCAUCCAGGGGGGGUCCCCCGGGGGGCAGGCCCGGCGCCCGGUCGAUCCCUUCGAACACCCGGCCAUCAUUCCCGGGGUCUACAUCAUCGGUGUCAUCAUGCUGGCCAUCGGGCUCGGGCUCUUCGGCAACAGCAGCAGCAGCAGCAG